UCCCUCAAUUUCUCCAUUCAAAAAAAGAGAGGCCUCUCCCUUAUAUGCAAAGAGCAAAACGCAAGCCUCACUCAACCUCCCUAUUCCUUAAGUUUUCUCCCUUUUGUUUAUUCUUCAUUUCACAUUUUGGCGUACUUGGGGUGGCUUUUAUAAAUGGAGAACUCAGCAGAUUGGGAGCAAGAGAAUCUGAUUAAUGAGCUGACACAAGGGAUGGAGCUAGCUAAGCAGCUCCAAAUACAUCUCAAUGUGACUACUUCACCACACGAUACCCGUGAAUUGUUAGUUCACAAAAUCCUAAAUUCAUACGAUAAGGCGCUCUCAAUGCUGAAAUUGAAUGGAGAGACACAGCCCACUGCAGCAGCAAUGGGAAUGGCUGAAUCCCCGCAUAGCGAAGAUUCUGACAAGGAUUUUAAGGAUCAUGAACACAAACAUGUUUCUAAAAAAAGGAAGAGUAUGGUACGCUGGACAAAACAAGUGCAAGUUUGCCCAGGGCCUGGACUUGAAGGGUGUCUUGAUGAUGGCUAUAAUUGGAGGAAAUAUGGGCAGAAAGACAUUCUUGGGGCCAAAUAUCCUAGAGGCUACUAUAGGUGCACUCAUCGUAAUGUCCAAGGUUGUUUGGCAACAAAACAAAUACAAAGAUCAGAUGAAGACCCAACAUUGUAUGAAAUCACUUACAGAGGAAGGCACACCUGCACUUUGAUAACUGCUCCAUCAGCAGCAGCAGCAUUACCCGACAAACAAGAACAACCAAACAUGUCUCAACAAAAUUACCAGCAACAGUCAUGCGAAAUACAGUUCAACUUUCAAACAGAACUAGACAGUAGUACACGCGACCAAUCAAUUCCUUCAUUGUACUUGCCUUGUUCUGUGUCAAAUGUUAUGGUCAAGAACUAUGUUGACUCAGCUUCCAUGGUUGAUAACAAUUUUGUGGGUAAUUUGUAUCAUCCUUUGUUAGUGUCUCCUUCAACAUCUGCAGCAACCCAAAUGGGCGGCUUUGUAGGGGAUUGGAACCAAACUGUGAUGGCUUCAGAGUCUGAACAGCUCAUGGAGAUAGUUUCAGCAGCAUCAGCUACCAACUCUUCUACUGUUGGCUUGGACUUCCCAUUUGGUGCCUUGGAUCUAUUUGAUCCAACCUUUUCUUUUGAGAACCCACCAUUCUUUUGAAGUUAAUGUGAUUAAAUACUUUUGUACUAAAUUUAUUUAUGGAAUGAGGAGCCACUUUAAGGUGUGAUUCAUUCCACUAAUUCAAUGAUGACUUAUCAUUCAAUAAAAUUAGAGAUAGGGAUACAUAACUGAUCACAGAAAGAUAUUUCAUAUAGAAAACUGCUUCAUUCAAAUUGUUUCACUUAUACUUUAUGUAUUUGAUUCUAUUUAAUGAACAAAUUUAAUAUAA